UGCAAGGACACCCCGAAGGAGGCGCGUCAGCUCGCGGACUUCCUCCGGGCGCCGCCGCUGAUUGGCUCUCGGAGGUUUUAAGAAACCCGGGGAAGAACGCUGUAACCUUGCAGAAACUUAGUGCUGCAGCCGGGCUCUAUCGUCUGCGCUCGGGUUUCUCCCCUCCCCGCCUUUGCCCAGCCAGCCACCUCCUCUCCCCGCAGCCGCGGCGAUGGGACAGCUGAGCCACACGAGGCUGCGGUGCUUCUGCGUGCUGUCCACCGCCCUGGUGGCUCUGCUCGCCUACUACGUGUACAUCCCCCUGCCAGCCAACAUCUCCGAUCCCUGGAAGCUGAUGCUGCUGGAUGCCACCUUCAGGAGCGCGCAGCAGCUGAGUCAUCUGAUCCAAUAUGUGGGCCUCAGCCAUCAUCUCAUCGCCCUGAAUUUCAUCAUCGUUUCUUUUGGCAAGAAAAGCGCGUGGUCGUCUCCCAAUGUUCAGAUCACCGAUACCAAUUUUGACGGUGUCGAAGUUAGAGUUUUUGAAGGUUUCCCAAAGGCCAAAGAACCACUGAAGAGUGGUAUUGUUUACAUCCAUGGAGGAGGAUGGGCCCUGGCGAGUGCAAGAAUUAGCUAUUAUGAUGAACUCUGUUCAAAAAUGGCAGAGGAACUGAAUGCUGUCAUUGUCUCAAUUGAAUACAGGCUGGUCCCAAAGGUUCAUUUUCCUGAGCAACUCUAUGAUCUAGAACAGGCUACCAAGUACUUCCUGCAACCUCAGAUCCUAGAGAAGUAUUCCGUGGACCCAAAGAGAAUAGCCAUUUCUGGAGACAGUGCUGGUGGAAAUCUGGCUGCAGCUCUGGGUCAGCAGUUUUGCAAAGAUGAAACCUUCAGGAAUAAAAUCAAGCUCCAAGCUUUGAUCUACCCAGUCCUCCAAGCUCUUGACUUCAACACUCCAUCCUACCAGCAAAAUGUAAACUCCCCAAUCUUGCCUCGCCAUGUCAUGAUCAGAUACUGGAUCGAUUAUUUAAAAGGGAACCAGGAUUUUGUCCCGGACAUGGUGGUCAACAAUCACACCUCCUUGGAUGUGGAGCAUGCUGCCACUUUCAGGUCCCGGCUCAACUGGCUUUCCCUCUUACCUGCAUCUAUCACAAAAGAUUACAAACCUGUCAUGCAGACGGUGGGCAACCCCCGGAUUGUCCAAGAGCUCCCCCAGCUCCUGGAUGUGCGCUCGGCGCCACUAAUUGCUGACCAGGAGGUCCUUCGGAACCUGCCAAAGACCUAUAUCUUGACCUGUGAACAUGAUGUCCUCAGGGAUGAUGGCAUUAUGUACGUCAAGCGCUUGGAGAGUGCUGGUGUUGAUGUGACCCACGACCACUUUGAGGAUGCCUUCCAUGGUUGCAUGAUUUUCACUUCAUGGCCCACCAAUUUCUCAGUGGGAGUUCGGACUAGGGACAGCUAUAUCAAGUGGCUGAAGCAAAACCUUUGAAGAGAGAAGCAUCCCAGAGAGGGCAUGUGAACUCCUCUCAGCCCACUGAGAUCACGAGGGAUCGCUGAGCACUUUCUGACUUCCUCCAGGUGACCGCCAGGCCAUGGUGUGUCUUGCUUGGGAGAAGCCAAGUGAUGAAUUCUGAUGAACUUUACUAAUUUCUCUUAGUAGAGAAGAUUUGAAUCUCUUUCCCAAACUGGAUUAACCAGCCUUCUGGUCCAUCCAGAUGGCUGCCAGGUUCCCAAACUACCAAAGGAUUCUGGGAAAGCAUAAUCUUCCCCUGGAAGUGGCUCUUUAUACCAGAAGACCUUUUAUGGAGGAAAACUUGACAGUCCCCUCUAAUGAAUUUUAUUUAAAUCUGGUUCCCUUUUGCAAAUAACUUAUUUAUAAAUCAGUUGGUUACUUAAAGGCCUAAAAUAUACCCUUCUAUCCUAUUUCUACUCAUUAAAUGCCUUUGUUCCUCUUUUGCACAGAUGGUCUUUCUGGUAGGGACAUGGGCUUCAUUCCUCCCAGUCUUUUGUAAAGGAUGAUAAUCCACUAAUCCUUUGGGAUUAUACUCUUUUCUCUAAAGUUCACUUCUAACCACAGCUAUUAGAGAAAAAAAAUUACUAAUGCAUUAGUAUGAUUUACACUGGAUUUUGUACAUAGUCAAAAGAGUUUUUGUUUUCAUGUGACUAAAUUAGAAUACAUGCCAUGUCUGUGGGAUGGGAGUGGAGAGGGAUUUGGGGGUAAAUGUAUUUCAUUUGAGAAUGAACUUUCUAUAGAUAAUAAAUGGAAAAGGCCCAUCCAAUGAAAGAUUAUUUUUAAUAUGUAAGUAUAAGUGAUCUGCAAGAAGACGUAUCCACGUGUAAUGUAUAAGCAGGUAAGAGGACACAUUUAAUACCAGGUUACAGUUAUGACAAAAUUGCUGAGAGCAUUUAUAAUCUAAUUUUGAAGCUUCUGAACUCAUCCAUUUAUAAUAUGACUGAUUUCUUGAUUUGGAACAUUCUUAUGUGUUAAACAUUUGGUUGAUUUUUUUUUUUUGAUGAAUUUGUCAUUCUUUAGAGUGAUGUUAUACUGUCAUUUUCAUUUCAUAGCUUCUUCUAGGACAUAUUCUUGAGUCAUAAAUGCACACAACAUGUUAGGAAAUUGACCAGAGCAGAUUCAAGUCCCAUGAGAAAUUAUCCCGGUGUUUUUAAUGAAUGUAUACAUGUGAGAUUAAGUAGUUACAGACCAGAGUUGCAUAAACUUCAAAUUUUUGUCACUUGGUAAUUUGGAUUUAUCCUGACAUUGGUACCAGGAAGAAUAAGAUUGAAUCUUCUGGGCAGAGAGGACACGCUUUUUGUUGUUCAUCUUCUCUCUCUGUAGUAUUUUCCUUUGUCUCAGGAAGUACUUCUAAGCACAAGGGAGAAGAUUAUGGAAAAGUUUUUUCAGUCCAUGAUGGACCAUUUCAAACAGGUCAUUCUCUCUAAUGGAACUAUCUCCCAGGCUAUUGUGGCAGCCAUUCUCCUCUGUAACCAUGGGCUGGGGACCGAUCUAGGGGAGCAGAAAGGUAUUGCUUAUACAUCUCAGGAGCAGGAAUGGUUACCCAGGGAAAGGAAAAGGAAUAGAUAUCCUUCUUAUGAUCAGGCUGACUUGUGAUAGCCAGCUCCCUACCAUGUCAGGGCUACCAUAGAAGGGACAUGGUUUAGAAGAAGCUAAGGGUAAUAAAUACAGUUGAUAUCAUCCUUUUUAAAAUUUUUCAACUGCAUUUGAUAAGCCAAAGGCCACAAGCAUUUCAUGUUAGAAACAAAAGCAAUGAGAACAAUAAAUAAAAGACACACACAGACAUGUAUCUUAAAGUAACAGAUCUUGCUCUUUGCCCAUCCUCUCAUGGCUUUUUCCCAACCCACUCCUCCCAGGGCAUUACUGGACAUAAAUAGAGGCUGUUGUCACCAUUCCACCAAAGAUUUGCUUUGUAGAAACUUGGGAUUUUAACUUUGACCCUGUAUAAUAAGCCACCCUUUACAAAAACUUUUUAAAACUGUGAUUCAAAGACCAAAGCUGGAAGUUAUAUCCAUUUUCAAUGAUUUCUGCUGCUAUGAUAAAACAUUUCUUAAAAAUAACACAUUUCUCAAGAGCUUCUGAAAAUCACAUCUUGUAGAAUUGUGAAGAAGACUUAUCUAGGGAAUUAAGUAUCCAAAUUCAGACAGUAGGCCUUCCACAGAAAUUCUCUCAUUUCACUAAAAAUAGAUGAUUAAAAUGUAUGCGUUGCUAGUCUUCUGAUUUCUCUAGUACCAUUGACUUGAAUUAGGCUGGGAAAGUGGGUUGUAUCCUCGUUCUCUUCUCCCCCCCCUCUACAUUUUGCUAGAAUGAAAUUCAUAGACUUGUAGAAUCAGAACUGAAGAGACCAUAAAGCUUAUCUGAUCUAUUUCACAAAUGAAGAAAGAAAUUUUUAAGUGAUUUGCCUAAAAUCUGUUAACUCAAUUUCUUGGAAUAAUGACAAUCAAUGAUCAUGGGCACACUAAAAUCCAUAAGAAUAACUUGAAAACUUGGGAGGAAUUUUUAUGAGUGUUCUCCAGUGGUCAUUUUAGACAUUUUUUCUUUUAAAAAAAGUUUUAUUUAGAUUUUUAAAGUUUUGCACAUUGCUUCAGUGCCAGGGGCUCUGUUUUUUUUUUUUUUCCUGUUUUAUAAAAAUGUGUUUUAUUUUUUAAAAAAUUAGUUGUUUUUUUCCUGAUAUCAGUGUUGUUUAUGUAAAGUGUGAAGAAAAAGCCUUCAGGAAGUUAAGUACUGGGGAAAAAAAGUUAAGGAUAAAUUCCCUUUAAUGUUUUAAUUUUUAUUUGUGAAGAAUUGAAAAGCAACUUGAUGUACUUUGCUUGAGGGCUCUGCAUGACCUUUGGCCUUUUUUUGGUUUGUUUUUUUAGUUCCUACCCUGGAAAAGGGAAUAAAGAAAAAAAAUAAGCAAAAAA